UCUAGCGCCGCCGUUUGUGUUCGUGUCCAAUAAGCACGAGCGCAUCCGCCGCGGGUAGCUUAGCCUCCAAAGCUAACCAUGGUGAACGUAAAGAAACGGAAAGGUCGGGUCGUCAUUGAUUCCGACUCGGAAGACAGCGCGAGCGAUGACAAUUUGGAUCAGGAGCUGCUGAGUUUGGCCAAGAGGAAGCGUGUGGACUCGGAAGAACCCGAGGAACCCAUCAGCAAACCUGCCGCGUCUACAGACUCCGAGACGUCCGACAGCGACGAUGAGUGGACUGUCGGAGGCACCAAAGCCAAGAAAAAGGUGAAGCCUGGAAAAGGGGCAGAAAAGAAGAACCCCACGAAGAAGAAAGUGAACAAGGCCGCUUCGUCAGGGAGCUCGGAUGGAGACAGCUCAGCCGAGAGCUCCGCCCCUGAGGAGGGCGAGGUGUCCGACUCGGAGAGCAACAGCUCCUCCUCCAGCUCGGAUUCGGACUCGUCCUCGGAGGACGAAGUGUUCCGGGACGGAUACGGAGACGAUCUGAUGGGGGACGAAGAGGACCGGGCGCGGCUGGAGCAGAUGACUGAGAAGGAGAGAGAGCAGGAGCUUUUCAACCGUAUUGAGAAGAGAGAGGUGCUCAAACGCAGGUUCGAAAUCAAGCAGAAACUAAAGACGGAAAAGAAGAAGGUCAAGGAGGAGAAGAAGAAGAAGAAGCAAGAGGAAGAGCAGGAGAAGAAAAAGCUGUCUCAGGUUACAGACACUCAGGUGGUGAUGUCCCAUAAUAAAGAGAGGAGGUCGAAGAGAGACGAGAAGCUGGACAAGAAGUCGCAGGCCAUGGAGGAGCUGAAAGCCGAGCGAGAGAAGAAGAAGAACAGAACGGCCGAGCUCCUGACCAAACGACAGCCGCUGAAGGCCAGCGACGUGUACUCCGACGACGAGGAGGAGGAAGAGGAAGACGACGAUAAGUCCUCGGUAAAGAGCGACCGCAGCUCGAGGUUGUCGUCCUCUGAUGAAGAAGAGGAGAAAGAGGCGACGCCCCCUAAGUCUCAGCCGGUGUCAUUGCCGGAGGAACUGAACCGCAUCCGUCUGUCACGGCACAAACUGGAGCGCUGGUGUCACAUGCCCUUCUUCGCUAAAACGGUCACCGGCUGCUUCGUACGCAUCGGCAUCGGCAACAGCAGCAGUAAACCCGUCUACAGGGUGGCUGAGAUCGUAGAUGUGGUGGAAACGGCGAAAGUCUACCAGCUCGGCUCGACUCGAACAAACAAGGGGCUGCAGUUACGACACGGCAACGACACCCGAGUGUUCCGGCUGGAGUUUGUGUCCAAUCAGGAAUUUACAGAGAGCGAGUUCAUGAAGUGGAGAGAAGCGAUGCACGGUGGAGGAAUGCAGAUUCCUACCCUGGACGAGAUCACUAAAAAAGAGCAGUCCAUCAAAGAAGCCGUCAACUACAAAUUCAACGACAAAGACAUCGAGGAUAUAGUGAAAGAGAAGGACAGAUUCCGGAAGGCGCCGCCGAACUACGCCAUGAAGAAAACGCAACUCCUCAAAGAAAAGGCGAUGGCGGAGGAGAGCGGCGACGGAGAUAAGGUGAAGAUGUUGCAAGAUCAGUUGAACGAGCUGGAGGAGAGAGCCGAAGCAUUAGACAGACAGAGAACUAAAAACAUUUCCGCGAUCAGUUACAUCAACCAGAGGAACCGCAGCUGGAACAUCGUGGAGUCUGAGAAAGCGUUAGUGGCUGAAGGUCAGAACUCCAAAAACCAGCAGAUGGACCCUUUCACCCGACGGCAGUGCAAACCCACCAUGGUGUCCAACGCCAGAGACCCGUCGGUCCACGCUGCUAUUCUCGCACAUCUUAAUCAGAAAUACGGUUCGGGCUCCGGCCAGGACAACGCGCAGCAGAUCAACAAACAGCAGGGUUCGGCGAACCAGAGGGACAAAGACGUCACAAAGACCACCAGCGACCUCUCUGAAGACCUGUUCAAAGUUCACGACUUCGACGUCAAAAUCGACCUGCAGGUCCCCAGUGCUGAGACAAAGUCCCUGUCAGUGAGCUCCAACUCCCUGCCGGUGAAGGACGGAGCCCCUCGCCGCUCCCUCAACCUGGAGGACUACAAAAAGAGACGAGGCCUCAUCUGACGCUCCCGUCUUCCAGCUUCCAUUAAACCCCUGCAUGUGUUCGUGAACUACACCAGGGAGCCCGAAGCUGUCCUCUCUGUGUCUCUCUCUCCCUCUCCCUCUCACUCACUCCUUGUCCCCUGUGUGUGUUUGUGUCCGAGAGAGUUGAGAAUGAAUGUGAGCUUGUACACAUGUAAACCUUUGUAACUGUGUGUGUGUGUGUGUGUGUGUGUGUGUGUGUGUGUGUGUGAGAGAGAAUGAGCGAGUGUGCAUGACUGUAGUGCGAGACAUCCAUCCGAUGCGAGACUACAAACUACUUGUGCAGUUUGUGUGCGCAAGUCUUCUGAAAAUAAAACUAAAUACGAAAAUCCCGUGAAAUGUGGCGGCUUUUUGUUUCGCUUUGUGUUCUUUUUCCUCAUAGCCGUACUUUAUAGGAGAAAUCGUCCACUGGUUAAUUUAUACACGAGUACAUGACGUUCUAUGUCUACUUUCUUACUCUUUUUUUUUUUUUUUUUUGUCAAUAUUCAUCCAAAUCCUGACAAUGCUAUUUAAAUGUAAAACAUUAAUACUUGGGGGGAUUUUUAUGAACUGUUUUUCUUCCUCCUGAAGCUUUUUAGUGAGUGAGUGAGUGAGUGAGUGAGUGACAGUGGACAACCUUUUUUUUUUUUUUAAUUUUUAAUUAGGUUUCAGUCCUGGUGUCUUAUUGAGAACAAAAAUAAGAGCCCAAUCAUGACAUCACUCCUAUAAUGGACAAAAUCUGUUCAUUUGUAUGAAAUAUAUUUUCUCAAUGGACGUUAUUUUUGUCCUUUUUAGAUGUUUUUUUUUUCUCCAUUGUAUUUCGGCGAUCUUCGUUCCAUUCAGAGCUGAUUGAUAUGUGACUAUUAUUGGUUAUUGAUGAUGUCUUCUGGUCAGUUUUCGUAUUCAUGUGGCAUGCUUUGUAAAUAAGAUUUGGCCAUUUGGGAUGAGUGCGGAAACAAUAAAGAAGCACUGUUUCGUA